UACGGGGGGCCGGGCAAGAUGGCGAAGACGUACGACUAUCUCUUCAAGCUGCUGCUCAUCGGCGACUCGGGCGUGGGGAAGACGUGCGCGCUCUUCCGCUUCUCCGAGGACGCCUUCAACGCCACCUUCAUCUCCACCAUCGGUAUCGAUUUUAAAAUUAGGACCAUUGAGCUAGAUGGGAAGAGAAUUAAGCUGCAGAUCUGGGAUACGGCUGGGCAGGAGCGAUUUCGAACCAUCACAACAGCGUACUACAGGGGAGCAAUGGGCAUUAUGUUAGUCUAUGACAUCACCAAUGAAAAAUCUUUUGAAAAUAUUCGGAACUGGGUCAGGAACAUUGAAGAGCACGCCUCUCCAGAUGUUGAAAAAAUGAUCCUUGGGAACAAAUGUGAUGCAAAUGACAAAAGACAAGUUUCUAGAGAGCAGGGGGAGAAGCUUGCAGCAAGUUUUGGAAUUAAAUUUAUGGAGACCAGUGCAAAAGCAAAUAUAAACAUAGAGAAUGCGUUUUUCACUCUUGCCAGAGAUAUCAAAGCAAAAAUGGACAAGAAGUUGGAAGGCAAUAGCCCACAAGGCAGCAACCAGGGAGUCAAAAUCACACCAGACCAGCAAAAGAAAAGCAGCUUUUUCCGAUGUGUUCUUCUGUGAGGGACACGGCCUUAAUCUGAGCGUCUGCUCAACUGAACUGGACUGUGCCUGUUCAGAGUGAGACUUCCUCUGUCUGUGGACUUAGCAUUUUCAACACACAUUGUCACUUUGUGACCAUCUGAAUAAGAAAUCGUUUAUUUUAGUAAUUGUCUGACUCUUCAAUUUUGGAGAUGAAACAAGUUUAUUUUUGUCAGAUUGCCACUGGGCAUAUAUAUUGUCUAGCAGAGGGAAUACAGAUCAAAUGUGACCUGUAAUAGCACCUUUGCUGACAGGCUUCAAUCUUAUUGUUCAUAUCUGUAAUGUAUCCAAAUUAGAAAGAUUAAGUUAUGAUCAAAAUAAGAAACUGAAAUACCAAUAUUAAUAAAGUACAGGUAUGUGUACAUGAUACAUGUGCAUAUCCAUAUCUAGAUGCAUAUAAAACAUUUGCAUCAAAACAUCAAAUAAAUGCACUUAAGCAAGCAGUACAGGUAUAUACCUUUUCAGAAGGUAGAAGGAAGCUUUCUACAUCUCCACCUUUUUGCUACUACAGAGUAAAUCCUUAAUCUGCCUAAUUACUCAAUUGUGUUUUUCUAGACAAUCCACAAGUACAAUUAGAGUAAAAAAAAAAAAAAAAAAAAAACAUUCAAAUGAAUCUAUUAAAAAAAAAAGUACUGUAAAUGUAAUGGUUCCUUACCAUCAGGAAUUUCUUUAUCCAUGUUAAAGACGACCAUGUUUAAAUAAUCCAUGCAUUUAACAGGAGAUGAUAGCUACAGUGUGUCCCAUGCAAACGAUCUGUGGUCUGUUUUUGGAGAAACAGACCGUAGGGACAUGUAUUUCAGCAUUUAAUAUUACAGUGGACAGCUUUUCCUUCUCCAGCUGAGAAUGACUCCAGAUCUGUCAUGAUGUAGUAGCUAGUUAUAAAUUGUGACAAGAAAAUGUAUUGCACUGCUUCCAGUUGUGUGUUCCCAUGCACACUUGCUCACAUAUGCAAAUAAAUGUUGCACAUAUGAACACUUUCUGAAAACAGACUUUUUAAACUGAGAUUUGCCUUGCUGCUGUGUAUUGAUCAUUUCAGAUUCCAAGCAGCAACAAACCUGUUAAUAGCAUGCAUCAAUGCAAAUGAUAUUUAGUUCUCAGUGGAAAUAUUUAUUCUUAUAAACACAGUCUUGUACAUUCCGAUGUAUAAAAUGUAACAGCCUAGUAAAGCACCUAGGUAGCCAGUUGCUCUGAGUUCUGAGCUGUAAGCCUGACUCUAGUUAGAUUGAUAAAAGGAGCCAGUAAGAGCAAUCGACUUAGAAGUCUGCUGUCAAGUAAUUAUGGUAUAUUUGACCCAAAUGAACAUAUCACCUGUGUCCUGCAACUCACUGGAUUUGUUAACGUGCUGCUUUGUUUACAUUGACAACUGCACUUAAGGGUAAAAUUAAAGCUCAUUUUAAUGU